GGGGCGUUUCAGGAUGUUCAUGUAACGUGAACGCGCGUGCGUUGUCCAAGCUUUCAGUUUGGGGAAGUUGGAGCGCCUUCGUGCUAUGGGCUUUAUGAUUUAUUAAUAGAGAAACAAUGAUUCCAUUUGAGACGCUAAUGUUCGGGGAGAAAUCGCAGCCCAAGAAAUGACGCUGUCAAAAUGUUGCUGGUUUUUCUGUCCAUUCAGCUCUUCGUGCGAGUUCUGUCCGAGGCUACGCUGGCACCCCCGUACCACAUCCGUGUUAAAAGCGGGGUAAUAACGUGGAGCCCUGCCGCGGAGGACACGGAUGUCCACUACACGGUUCAGUACAGAAGGUUUGGUUCCACAGAGUGGGAAAAUGUGUCCCACUGCUUCAACACAUCUUUCAUUUCAUGCAAUGUCACUUUCACCAAAGAAGACAGCGAGAGCGGCUGCGUUGGACUGCGUGUGCAAGCAGAGAGACGCGGCCUCACCUCCAGACCGGUGGAGGCCUGCAGCAGACUUGGCGACACCUGUUCCCCUGAAGUUAACCUGACUUCUCGACCUGGCUCUCUGACCGCAUACCUACGCAUCAACUCCAGCAUGGUUCAUGAAUAUGGAGGCCAUAUACAAAACAGGGUUUACUAUGGCAAGGAGGGAGAAACGCUGGAGAAGAAUUAUAAAGAUGGUGCUUCUUCCGUGUCCAUCUAUGGUCUGGAGGAGGGGUCACUUUACUGUGUAAAAGUGCAGUAUCUUCUCGAUGGUGAAGUCCUAGGGACAGACAGCUGCAUCCAGUGUGAGCGCAUCCCUCAAUCUGCCAAAGGCUCCCAUCUUACGCUAACGCUAGUGCUGGUGGGGGUGCUUGCAGGGGCCUUGGUCAUACUUACGAUAGUCUACGUCUUAAUUUUCCACCUGAAGACAAUCAAACUGUACCUGCAGCCUCCAUACACUAUCCCAGAACAUUUUUUGUACAGACCAACUAUCAUUCACCUGCUUUCCUCCCCCACCGAGGACAUGGAGGACGUCAGAGUGGAUUGAUUGAAGCGGCUUUGCCAGGUCUUCCUAGCUGUUCUGAGAAUCACGUUGAGCUUUGCCCUCUCUGAGACUCUGCUGCACUCAACUCUCCACUUUUAUAGCUGUUCUGCUUUUUCUGGAGGCCUUGAGUGCCAUGGACUCUUGACAGUCGACAACUGAGUUAACAUCUUACUUCAUGUUUGUGUGUGAGAGAGUAAUUGUACUUCUAGUACUUUGUACUAAGUGAGAAAAAAAAAUUACUUUCCUACUGGUCUUCACUUCUUUGGAGGCCUGUUUGAGGGUGUGAUCUUUGGGCUGAGGUUAGAAUUGAUAUUUGGUUAGAUGUCUGCCUAUAGUUGUGAUAGUUAGGGGCUAGGGAAGGCAUUAUGGCAAUGCAGGUCCUCACUUCAGUGUGUGUGUGUGUGUGUGUGUGUGUGUGUGUGUGUGUGUGUGUGUGUGUGUGUGUGUGUGUGUGUGUGUGUGUGUGUGUGUGUGUGCGCGUGUGUGCGCGUGUGUGUGCGUGUGUGUGCGUGAGAGAGAAAUACACUAGGACUAUCCAUAGCAUUAUUGUACCUUGGCGCGUAUGCGGCUGAAAUGAAAAAAGUGCACUUUUCCCUGUUAAAGAUCAGUGAUGGGUGCUGACACACAGACUCACAGCUCUACUCAGUACCUUCCUCCUUGACACUAUUUGGUUAUUGCUCCUUUUAGCUUAUGGAAGAUUUCUUAUGAAAAUUGAUGUAUGUACAUGCGUUUAGUUAUUCCUGUCUUUACAAUAAAAAGGAUUUUUAAUGAUCACAGUAUUAAUAUUUAGAAGUGAACAGACUGAGAGCAUUAACUACUGUACGUACGAGUGUUUUAUGGCGCUAAGGAGGAAUCAAACCUCCAAGUGUAUAAAAUAAACGUGUGUGUGCUGUGCUGUGAGACUGCUGAGUCAACCCCACCUUGGGAGGAUCAGGUUGAAACCUGGGGAACUGACCUUUAAUUUCUGUUAUGUCAUUUAACAUUUACAGUUACUCUGGAAGAUUUUGAGGACUUUACGUCUUUUUUGGGUCGUGCCAUAGUAGGGUGAACACAGUUACUGUUAUUGAGAAAUCUGACUAGUUUUCAUCGUGAUGACUUUAAAAUAUUCAGAUAUGCUUGAAAGAUAGAUGAGUAUUAGCCAUAUCUGUCAUGUUUUUGUUGUUCCAUCUAAUUUCCUUUCUGUUUGAGAGCAAUCAAAAGUGGGAAAAACUGUUUCCUGUUGGGAUUAAUAAAGUUUUUUUCAAUCUUGCAUGCCCAGCGCUCAAGGUGAAGCUUCAAAAUGUUUAUUGGAAAGUGAGGGAGAGUAGAUGGAUCAAAGCAUGAGUCUUCUUCUCUUUAGUCUUUUCUCUAGUGGAGAGAUGACCUGUGGUUUGAGAACGGUUUGAGAUGUUCUAUAUCCACCCACUGAAGUGUGUUGGUGCCGUUCUUAGCCUUUACUGUGAUUUUGCUCUACUUUGUAACACUGUCAUAAAUUUGUACAGUAAUGAUCCUGAUCAGAACAUUGUCUGAUAGUUGGACUGUUUACUUUUGUGACAAUAAAUACAUAAAAAUGA